GCCGGCGCUUUGCGGCCGCGGCGCUUUCCGGCAGCGCGGCCCGGGCGGCGGAGCGGGAUGAGCUUUUACGACGCGUUCCGGGGCUUCUUCGGGUUCCCGGGGCGGCACAGGCCCCGGGACCCGCUGUUCGGCGGCUCGGCGUGGGACGAGGAGGAGGAGGAGGAGGAUGAGGGCCCGUCCCUGGCGCAGCCCCCCCAGGACUUCGCCUUCAGCUUCGGCUUCAGCCCCAGCUGGUCCCGCGGUGCCUUCGAGGAGCUGUUCCGGGACAUGGGGGAGCUCCUGGGCGUCUUCGGGGGGGCCUGGGCCGGGCCCCCGCAGCCGUUCGAGCCCCCCGCCCUGCCCGGCCCCGGCGCGGGCGGGACCGGGCGGCCGCUGCGGGACUCGAUGCUGAAGCAGCCGGACGGAGACCCCGCCCGGCCCUGGAGACCCUUCCUGGGGCUGGAAGACGCUCGCCCGGAUCCUCCCGGCCUCAAGGAGGACCAAGACCUGGACUCCCAGGUCUCAUCCGCAGGGUUGGGGACGAUCCUGAGACCCGAGGAGCCCAAGUCCCGCUCCUACUUCCAGAGCGUCUCCGUCACCAAAGUGACUCUCCCUGACGGGGCGGUGGAGGAGCGCCGGACGGUGCAGGACAGCCAGGGCCGCCGGGAGACAACGGUGACGCGCCGGCGGGGGGACCAGGCCUUCAUCACCACCACCAAGGAGGACGGGCAGGGCAAGGACUACCGGGAGGAGGUGGUCAACAUGGAUGACCGGGAGCUGGCAGAGUUCGCGGGCGCGUGGCCGCAGCAGGACGAGCUCCGCGCUCCCACCCUGAGCGACCCCGCGUCCCUGCUGGGCAGCUUCUUCCGGCGCUGGUUCUCGAGCUGGUAGCUGUGCCCCCUGGCUGAGCAGCCCUAGAUGGGUCAGGUCCUGCUGGGAGCUGGCACCUGGGCUGGGGCUGCCUGCCUUCUGGGGCGCUGCAGAGGACCCCCCCGUGGGGGCCAGCUGUUUGUGUGUACAGAGCAAUAAAGUCUAUUUAUGCUAA